UUUUUCGUAAACAUGUUACGCUUAUGAAGAACUAUCAGAAGUUUCACCUGAUCACCGAUAUCUUGCGUACACUAUGUACGACAAGGAUAAUCAUUACUUCAAAUUAUCUGUUCGAGACUUGAAUAUUGGGUCCCUUUGUAGUAAGCCCCAAGCCGACCGGGUAUCCAAUAUAGCUUGGGCUAAAGAUGGGCAGGCACUACUUUACGUAGUCACGGAUAAUAAAAAGAGACCCUUUAGGAUCUAUUGUAGCAUGAUUGGUUCAAAUGACGAGGAUGUAUUGAUUUUGGAGGAACCUCAAGAAAAUGUUCAUCUGAGUGUAAGACAUACUAAAGACUUCCAGUAUUUGACCGUAAACAUAUUUUCAACUCAAUCAUCGAAGGUCUAUCUAAUAAAUGCAGCCGAUCCAUUAUCCGGACUGACUCUUGUCUGGCAAUGUGAGCCGAACACACAUUGCAUUGUUGAGCAUCAUCAAGGAUACCUCUACCUAUUUACGGAUGCCGCUAUGCAGGGUCAACCUGUUGAUCACCAUUACCUCUUACGUAGUCCUGUUACUUCUUCGUGUAUCCCAAGGAAUUGGGAGAAUGUUUUUGCCAAUGACCAACUGUUGACCAUUGAAGAUGUUGACUUCUGUCACUCACAUUUGCUACUUAUUGUAAAGGACAGACGAAAAUAUGGGCUGUACUUUGUUUCUUUGCCUCUAAGUAAUGACAAGGUAGGAGCUCAUCUUAAAGAUUUCAAUCUGCAGAAAUUGCCUCUUCCAGAUCAUGUAUCCCAAAUAUUUCCAGGACCAAAUUAUGACUUCAAUUCUUCAACCAUGCGCUUUACAAUAACAUCACCUGUGAUGCCUGACGCAGUAGUUGACUAUGAUUUACUGAGUGGACAAUGGACUAUUGUCCAACAGCAAAAUCUGCUCUAUGAAAGAACACGGGUUUUGUAUGGAUCGGCAUCUUCGACAAGCAAUAGUCGGAUACCCAAUAACCUUUCCGAAAACAGUGCUGCAGACGAAAGCACAUGGAAUGAUCUCUCUGAAUACUAUGCCUGUGAAGAAUAUGAGGUCCCUUCGUAUGAUGGGGCUCUGAUUCCUCUCACCAUACUAUAUUCCCGACACAGGAAAACAAAUGGUGAAAAUCCUGGCUUACUGCAUGGGCAUGGUGCUUAUGGUGAAGUACUCGACAAAAGGUGGCGAAAUGAGAUGAAAAGCCUUCUUGAUCGUGGUUGGGUGAUUGCUUAUGCUGAUGUCAGGGGUGGAGGUGGUGGCGGUAGAAAAUGGCAUCAUGAUGGAAGGAGAACGAAGAAACUUAACUCUGUGAAGGAUUACAUAUCUUGUGCUAAGUUUCUUAUCGAAAGAGAGGUUGUGCAAGAAACUAAAUUGGCUGGCUGUGGAUAUAGUGCUGGAGGAUUUUUAGUUGCUUCAGCUAUCAAUUAUUGUCCAGAUUUAUUUCGAGCUGCGGCUUUGAAGGUGGGAUCAAUUCUGAAACACCUUUCUCGAUUUCUCACUUGAAUUUGCUAUGUUUGAUGUCUGCUUAUAUAUAAGGCUUCAGUUUCAUUCGCAAGAAAUGUUAAAAGUUAAUUUAAUUUAGAUCCCCGAGUUGAAAUUAUUUUUUUUGUUACAUGUAUAGGUUCCGUUUUUAGAUCCAACACACACUUGGCAUUAAACCGAAGAUAAGUAAGGAUAUGAAGUGAUGAAGAUAAACAUAAUCAACAUUUGUUUUUUUCUAUUUCUUUUUA